CAGAGACUUCGCCGCGAAGUAGCCGUGUGGAUCAGACUGAGGCAUGCGCAUGUUCUCACUCUCCACGGCACUGUCUCCGGUUUUGGAGUAUUACCUGCUCUUGUUUCCGAGUGGAUGCAUAACGGGGCACUUGAUGACUACCUGGAGCGCACGGGCCUCACUAUGGAACAGAAACUAAAGCUGCUGAAACAGGUGGUGGAUGGUUUGAAAUAUCUUCAUGAACAGGGAGUAAUUCACGGGGAUCUGACCAGUAAAAAUGUUGUGAUAGACAACGAUGGCAAUGCAUUUUUGACAGAUUUCGGUCUCUCGGUGGCUCUCGUAGAAGCUGACAGAUCGUACUACAACUCUCAUUCGAGUGGCGCUGUCCGGUGGUUGGCGCCCGAAUUGAUCGGCUUACAGGAAUCAGAAAGCACCCAGGAUGGCAGGGACGGCGAUGUUGACCUCCCAAAACCGAACAGUCAGAGCGAUGUAUUUUCGCUCGGUUGCAUCAUGCUGCAUGUCUUCUCGGGGAUACUUCCCUUCUGGUGGCUUCAAAAUGCCCCACAGGUAUUCAAUGCUCAGUUCAACCAUGUAGAGCCAUAUCGGCCCAAACCCAGUGCGACCGUUAGCCAGCAACACCUGGAUUUCAUGCGCAGAUGUUGGUCAACCAAGCCUGAACUUCGUCCAUCCACUGUAGAUGCUGCUUCCUUUGUGGAAGACGAGCUAACAAGGGUCCCCUCCCUCCUGUUCAGCUAG